AUAAAAAAUGCCGCGGACACGAAAAUAAUAGAAAGGACACCAUAUACACAGGAGGACGUCCUUUAUAGCGGGAGGAUGUCCCUAAACCACAAAGGACGUCCUUCGGCCUAUAUUCCCGUCCUUCGUCCCCAUGUCCGUCCUUUCUCUUUAGACUGA